CAUGAGACAGGAAGGAAAGACAUGAGACGGGCGCUGAACAACCUGCAGUCGACCCACUCGGGCUUCGGCUUCAUCAACAGUGAAAACGUGUUCCGGGUGUGCGACGAGCCCCACCCUCUGCUGGUGAAGGGCAUGCUGGGACACUGCGUGGCGGGCGCCAUCGAUGAUGCGUACCGCGUGGUGGAGACGCUGUGGGCGCUCGGCUACUCGCCUGACGAUAUCAUCGGCAACAUCUUCAGAGUCUGCAAGACCCUCCCCAUGGCAGAGUACCUGAAGCUGGAGUUCAUCAAGGAGAUCGGGUACACUCACAUGAGGAUGUCUGAAGGCGUGAACUCUCUGCUGCAGAUGGCCGGGCUGCUGGGGCGACUCUGCAGCAAGACGGCGCCCCCUGCUGCCAGCUGAAGGAACUGCUGCACACUCAGAGACUUUCAAUAAAUCAUCUUUUCACCGAU